GUGUCUGCAAUCUUGAACCGCUUGUGUCUGCUGCAUGAGAAGACCCCAGUGAGUGAACAUGUCAGCAAGUGCUGUAGUGGAUCCCCGGUAGAAAGGCGACCAUGCUUCUCUGCUCUGACGGUUGAUGACACAUAUGUCCCCAAAGAGUUUAAAGCUGAGACAUUCACCUUCCACUCUGACAUCUGCACACUUCCAGAGAAGGAGAAGCAGAUUAAGAAACAAAUGGCUCUUGCUGAGCUGGUGAAGCACAAGCCCAAGGCUACAGAAGAGCAGCUGAAGACUGUGAUGGGUGAUUUUGCACAAUUUUUGGAUACAUGUUGCAAGGCUGCCGACAAGGACACCUGCUUCUCCACUGAGGGUCCAAACCUUGUCACUAGAAGCAAAGCAGCCUUAGCCUAAACAUAUCACAACCACAACCAUCUCAGGUAUCUCUACUGGGGGAUUUUAAUAUGUAAUCAUCAUCAUUUUUCCUAAAAUG